UCAUUCUCAUUACAAACCUUGUCCUUUACAAUUUUCUAAAGGAAAUCUCUCCGUUUUUGUACAUUUUGUAAAGAAACUUCGAUUUUGGAUUAAUAUUUUGGAAAGAUUUACAUUCUUAAUACCAAAACAGUAUCUUAAAAUGAAGUCGUUCAUCUAUCUCCUUGCAAUUAUUGCUUGUAUUCAGUCAGUAUUAGGAAACCCUGUCCGAUCAAGUUCCGAUGACGAAGAUUGGGCAGCUUUCAAGCUAAAACACAAUAAAAUGUUCCACAAUUCGAGCAUCGAAGCUAAACGAAAAAAUGCCUUCGUAGGAGCCCUUCGUCACAUCAGAGCGCAUAAUUCAAAUCCUGCCAACACGUUUACAUUGGCCACCAACGAAUAUUCGGAUCUCGAACCGGCAGAAUUUGUCUCGCAAAUGAACGGCUUUAAAGCCUCGUCUCCCGUAGGGCUUAGAAAUGUUGGAUUAUCCGCCGUAAUGGCUACCGCCCCGGCAUCCAUCGACUGGAGAACGGUCGGAUGGGUUACACCAGUCAAAAAUCAAGGCCAGUGUGGGUCAUGUUGGAGUUUUUCUGCGACGGGGGCACUGGAAGGAAUGCAGAAAAACAGGACUGGAACCUUGCCAAAUUUGUCGGAACAGAAUCUAAUCGAUUGUUCGUCAAGUUACGGAAACCAGGGAUGCAACGGUGGUUUGAUGACUGCUGCCUUCAACUAUGUCAAAGCCAAUGGUGGUCUUGACACGGAAAUAAGUUAUCCCUAUAAAGGGGUUCAAUCCACUUGCAAAUAUUCUGCGGCCAACAGUGCCCUAGCAGGUCUUACAGGAUAUGUUAAUAUUGCUACAGCAAAUGAGGCAGCCUUGCAACAAGCUGUUGGUUUGAUUGGACCGGUGUCUGUAGGGAUUGAUGCUUCUCUAGCUUCCUUCCAAUAUUACUCGUCGGGAAUAUAUAACGAUACCGCAUGCUCCAGUACCUCCCUGGACCAUGGCGUUUUGGUGGUUGGAUAUGGUGCCGACACGACGGGGCAUGCGUACUGGAUUGUAAAGAAUUCCUGGGGAACUACGUGGGGUCAGCAGGGAUACUUUUGGCUUGCAAGAAACAGUGGAAAUAAGUGCGGAAUUGCUACAAUGGCAAGCUAUCCAAAAUUCUGGUAGUAAUUCCAGACAUUCGGAUAAACUCACCCAACUUUCCGGAAUGAGUAUAAAAUAUGUAAUUUAUAUUUUACUUAAUAGUAUUAAGUUAUAUAAUACAUUCAUGUUUCCUUUCCCCACAAAUUAUUAGAGACUUACAUAAAUGUAUAACAGUUGGUGUAUUUCGUUCCAUAGAUAUUUAAAUAAUAUUUAUUUACAUACGUAUUUAGGUAAGUUUCACUUAAAAUGUAAAUAUAAAAUAAUUGUAACUUACACAAUAUCAUAAAACGAACGCAUGUAAUACCUACUGUCUCAAUUAAUAUUAAGUAUUUUUUAUUAAGUAUUUAAGAACACUGAAAUUUGUAACUUGUAUUUCAUUCUUAUUAAAUGUACGUACGUAACUUAUCCUUCGA